AUGAAUCCUGUGCAGGGGUCGCCGUCCCAAGACGCCAAACAGCUUCAUCAAAAAGAGGAGACGGACACGGAGGGAGAGGAACUUCAGCCGAAAGACAUGACCACUGAGAAAGGAUACAAACUGCAGCGGAGCAGCCUCCCGUUUAGCGUUGAGUCGUUGAUUUCCAAGAAGACCACCUGUCGGACUUCUUAUUCCCCCUCAGAUUUAGCUCUGGUGCUGCCCAAGCCCGUGGCGGGGCAGGGCGCGCAGUUCUCUCCAAGGACUUUUUACGCGGAGAGUAAGAUCCCCGCGGAGAGCUCGCAGGGUGUUUCCAGUAGUUCCAGCGAGGACAGUCCGCAGUUUUGUGAGAAAGAUCAGAGCACUUGGUUCCAGACGUCCUCCUUUUCUACUCCUCCUCGCAGCUCCAGUCCAACUCAGUGUACUUUAAGGAAACACAAAAACAACAGGAAACCUCGCACACCCUUCACUACCUCUCAGCUGCUGGCACUGGAGCGCAAGUUUCGCCAGAAGCAGUACCUCUCCAUCGCCGAGAGAGCCGAGUUCUCCAACUCUCUCAACCUGACGGAGACUCAGGUCAAAAUCUGGUUCCAAAACAGGAGGGCCAAAGCCAAGAGACUGCAGGAGGCCGAGCUGGAAAAGUUUAAACUGGCCUCCAAGCCUGUCCUGCCCGCCUUCGCGCUGCCGUUCCCUAUCGGAGCGCACAUGGGCUCUCCAACAUGGGGCCCGUCAAAUGCCUUUCCGAGGCCCAGUCUGCCGGUCCCAGGACUGUUCAGUGGACCCGUUACUUAUGGGAUGUACUAUUUGUCUUAG